AUGGAGGUCGAUGAUGGCAAAGGCCGACGUCUGUUCGAAGACAUCCCCAUAGCUUUGCCGGAUAUACCCUCCAACUCUACAAGGCAUUUACGGAGGGAGGGCAAUGUGGUGACAGUUAUAUGGACUCCGACACAUGACGACAACAAGUGGAAGAAGAUCGCCAAAGAAAGGGCACAACAGGCCACUGGGUCGAAGGCCCGACCACCAACACAAAGACCAGGGAUGAGAUCUACAAUGCUCAACGCCGCACAGGCCAAACGAGGGCCCACUAGAAGCCUACCAGAAAAGGUCGGAGUGCAUUCUAAAAGAGUGGACACAGCGUUACCGUACCAGGCAGACAUACCGGGCGGCUCUACGAUAGACUAA